ACAUCCACUCCGAAGAGGACCCCUAGUAGCUGUCUGUCAAGAUGCCUGUCUGAAAUAUCGCGUGCAGUAGCUCAAUAUAAUCACCAGGUGGCGCCUUGUAUCACAGUCAGGACGCUCCUGGGGACCUGACACUCAGGAUGGAUAUUUCUGACGGCUCGUCCCUUUGUCUCGUUUAAAAGACGAGCUGGCACAAGAUUGACAACGCCAGGACACAGUCCAGCUGCCCACACUGUGGCCCCACUGUGUGCAAGCUGCUGGACUGACUGGGCUGCAUGCGCGCCUGUGUCGCGCGCUACUGGUGGGCUGUGCGCUGUCACGCGCCGAAGGUGCCAUGAAAUGAAGAAAACUCACUUGCGGAGGGGAAGAGCAUUAUUUAUAAGAGCGCGUAUGGGAACAUAGGAUAAAUUGGAUUAUUAGCUCACUCGACUCAACAAUGGCCAAAAACACAUCUCUUUAUUUCAGAAUUGUGGAGGGCAGGAACCUGCCGGCCAAAGACGUCUCCGGAACCAGUGAUCCAUACUGCAUUGUAAAAGUUGACAAUGAAGUUGUGGCCAGGACUGCCACAGUGUGGAAGAACCUCAGUCCUUUCUGGGGUGAAGAGUACACGCUGCACCUCCCGAUGGGGUUCCAUUCACUCUCCUUUCUUGUCAUGGACGAGGACACGAUUGGCCAUGAUGAUGUUAUUGGAAAGAUAACUCUGACCAAAGAAGCCAUUGGAUCCCAAUCUAAAGGAAUAGAUUGUUGGCUGAAUCUGACGAGGGUCGACCCUGAUGACGAAGUCCAGGGAGAGAUCCAUCUGAGUCUGGAGCUACUGAAAGAUACAGAGAAGCUCAGCCUGCGAUGUCAAGUCAUUGAAGCCAGGGACUUGGCUCCAAGAGACAUUUCCGGAACCUCUGAUCCUUUUACAAGAGUUAUUUUCAACAAUCACAGUGCAGAGACCUCGAUUAUCAAGAAGACCCGUUUCCCUCACUGGGGAGAGACCCUGGAGCUGGAGUUGGAUCCAGAGGAGCUGAGUGAGGAGGGGUCUGUCACUGUGGAGGUCUGGGACUGGGACAUGGUGGGCAAGAAUGAUUUUCUGGGAAAGGUGGAAAUCCCUUUUGCUUGUUUGCACAAGACACCUCCGUUAGAGGGUUGGUUUCGUUUGCUUCCCUUGGGAAACAAUGAGGUUGAUGCCGGAGGCAAGCUGGGAGCGCUGCGUCUGAAGGUGCGUCUGGUGGAGGAUCGGAUCUUGCCAUCUGUGUACUAUCAGCCCCUCAUUCACCUUCUGGUGGAGUCAGUCAUCUCCCCUACAGAGGUGGAGGAGAGCACUGCACUCACCAUGCUGGAGGAGGUGAACACGGUCGAGAGCCGGCAGGAUGUGGCAAUGACUCUGGUGAAGAUCUACCUGGGCCAGGGCCUGGUGGUGCCUUUCCUGGACUAUCUCAACACUCGGGAGGUCAACAACACCACUGAUCCAAACACAUUAUUUCGGUCCAACUCACUUUCCUCCAAGGCCAUGGAACAGUUCAUGAAGGCUGUUGGCAUGCUGUAUUUGCACGAGGUGCUGAAGCCCAUCAUCAACCGCAUCUUUGAUGAGAAGAAGUACAUCGAGCUGGACCCGUGUAAGAUCGACCUGAAUCGCACAAGACGGAUUUCAUUUAAGGGUGCCGUGUCAGAGGCAGAGGUGCGGGACAGCAGCGUGGAGAUGCUGCAGAGCUACUUAACCAGCAUCAUUGAAUCAAUCGUGGGCUCAGUCGACCAGUGUCCUCCUGUCAUGAGAGUGGCCUUCAAACAGCUACAUAAGAGAGUGGAGGAGCAAUUUGCUGAACCUGAGAAUGAGGAUGUGAAGUAUUUGGCCAUCAGUGGAUUCUUUUUCCUGCGUUUCUUUGCUCCUGCCAUCCUUACACCUAAACUGUUCCAGCUGAGAGAUCAGCACGCCGAUACGCGUACAAGCAGAACGCUGCUACUGCUGGCCAAGGCACUGCAAAGUGUCGGGAACUUGGGCCUUCAGCUGGGUCACGGAAAGGAGCAGUGGAUGGAGCCUCUUCAUCCCAUCAUCCUGCGCAGUGUGGCCUCCGUUAAAGACUUCCUGGACAAGUUGAUUGACAUAGAUCACGACAUCGUGUCCGAGGUGCCACAGAGGGCUAUAUUCAUGCCCUCAGUCACAGUGAAAGAGGGAUACCUCCAAAAACACAAGGCAGAAGGACCCCAACUGCUAUCCCGCUUUGCCUUUAAAAAACGCUACUUUUGGUUGACGAGUGAGACGCUGUCCUACGCCAAGACGCCUGAUUGGCAGGUGCGCUCCUCAAUCCCUAUUCAGUGCGUGUGUGCCGUGGAGAGGGUGGACGAAAAUGCCUUUCAGCAGCAGAAUGUAAUGCAGGUCAUCACCCAGGACAACGACGGACAGCUGCACACCAUGUACAUCCAGUGCAAGAAUGUGAAUGAGCUGAACCAGUGGCUGUCAGCGAUCAGGAAAGUCAGCAUCUACAAUGAGCGCAUGCUGCCCUCUUUCCACCCAGGGGCUCAUCGCAGUGGCAAAUGGACCUGCUGCCUGCAGGCCGACCGGGCUGUUACAGGCUGCAGUAGAACCCACUCAGCUGUGACUCUGGGUGACUGGAGUGACCCGUUGGAUCCUGACGUAGAGUCGCAGACCAUAUUCAAGCAGCUGCUCCAGGGCAAAGAAAAACUCAGGAAAAAAUAUUUGGAGACGCCAGACGCUGAUCAGACGUCCAGCAAUCAGGCAAAUAUCAACUCUCACCCUGAUGGAGCAGAAUGCAACGUUCAGCAGAUGAAGCCAGGUCAGAGCAUCGCUGCUCGACUGCUGGUGGUGAUAGACGAUCUGGAGCAGGCUCACGCCACCUUCCAGCGCAGAGAAAAAGAGGACGGCACCAGUGUCAUUCUGAAUCCCUAGACUCCACACAGACUGGGAUCCACUACUAAUGCCUGAAGGUGGGGGGUGGGGGGGCAACAUCCUGUACCAACACAAGUGAGCAUCACAUAUUCACUCUCUUGAUUGUCAGGGAGAAAAGUGGCCACAGGGUGCAGCCUCUUUCAGCUUUUUAGUACAUUUCCCGCUGUAAAGAGCAGAGGGAAUUCUGCCACUUUUAAUCUUUUUGUAUUCUCUGAGUGCCACCAACUUCAACAGCGCCGGGGAGAGAUUAUACUACUAACGAUAAAGGGAGGGCGAGGGACUUUGAAGCAUGAUCUGACUUGAUUUUUUUUUUUUUUUAUGUAGAUAACAAGCAAUCUCUUGCAUGACCUGCAUCCUCUUGUGAAAUGUGAAAAGAAGCUUUUAUAUUUUGAGAUACUGUACAGGACCUCAGUCAGGGUCACACAUUUUUAUGCAAAAGCUUGUUGUAGUGUAAUCUACAGUACCUGAAUGUAAGGUGUUUUGAUAUUGCUUUUAUCAACAUUUUGUAUUUUAUUGAGAUAAUUCAAUAAUAUCACCAUGGUCGCGAUGUAGCAGUGACAUUAACGUUAUAGGUCAUACCGACACAAGUUUAUUACACGCUGGUGCACAUGCCACAGUAAAACGCAGCCUGUACAGAGCAAAAAUGAAUAGUAAUUUAAAUGUUGCUUUGGUCCCUUUAUACAAAACAAUGUGCUUUUGUUUGGUGCUAUGGCCAGUCAAUUUAAUUGUUUGGUUCUGAUGUAAUUUGCAUAUUUAAAAUGACCUUACACUUGAUGUACUGUAGCCAUACCUAAAGUCCUAAGAGUAAUAUUUACCUGUUCACAAUAAGGGGUGAGAACCAGAGAAGUGUAAGUGACAUUUUGGGCAGAAAUUAGUUAUACAUAUAUUAAAUGAAAGCUCUUGAUGAGCUCUUUCUACUGCCAAAAGGAGCUGUUAAUAAAAAACCAAAAGGCUUAACACUGAACACACUGAAAUAUGUGGGGCCAAAAAGGACAUAAAUGCACUUACUCACUUUUUUUUAAAUAAAUGACAAAAUAGGAAGAAAUAAUGAACUUCAGGCACUCAGAAAAAGAGGCUUUUUUUUUCAAAAUAAAUGGAAUAUGUCAAAAAUUAUAUCAAAAAUGAGGGAAUAUAUAAUUUUCUUUUUUAAUUUCUGCACCCUGACAAAGACCAUAGAGUCAAAACCAAUUGGUGUUUUAAUGUAAGCAGCCAUGUUUUGAUAUAAAGGCUUUUUAACUUAAUUCAAAUGCAUCUGUUGCAUCAUGCUCCACACGAGUGCCUGAAGUUCAUUUUUGUCUUCCCAUGUGCCGACCCUUUUCUUCGAGAGCACCUGCGUUUUUUCUUGAGUAUCAUAUGAUAAAGACGGUCCUCAAGCACAUUACGGUCCCUCAAAAUGUCAAAAUAUUGUUCAUUAAGUAUAUUGUCAUCCACAUUAUUAAGUUUUGAUAUUAAAGAUUAAAUUAGAUAAAUGUAUUCCGGACAAAGUAUGGUCGUUUUUAGUUUUGGCUGUCUUGUAAAGCUUGUAAAAUGUCAACCUAUGUCCCUCUGGUUCUCACCUCUCAGUGUCCAUGACUGAGACAAUAGAAGUAACAAUUAUGUGAGAUGGUCCCUUUUGAUAAAGUUUACAUUUUCUUGAGAUUUUGGUGCCACUAUAUUCGGCUCACAGGUGUCAGGAUAUGUUUUAGAUGCCAAAUUUGUUUUUAAAAAGGUAAAAAAAAAAAAGAAAGAUUGAAUUUCAAAGCACUCAAAUCACACAAUUUUCUUUACAUAUCUGUUUGACACACAAACUGUACACGGACAUGUUGUAAAGCCAUUUCCUGUAGAGAGAGUAGUGUUUGGUGUCUUUCUCUUAAACAGAGAAGGCCAGUGAGUGUAAUGGAGAUCAGAUCUGGGAUCUCUCAGAUAGCCUCAGCAGGCCACCCUGCCUCUGGAGCUGUUUACGUUAUAUUCCGGUCCAGCUACUGUAGUGUCUGCCUUUCUUUUAGAGGAAGAGCCAUGGCAUAUUUAUGUGUGCAGUAAAGAUUCUUCCUGCCUUUAGAUGUAACACUAUAGUACACAACCGAUAUUCAUACACCAACAAAACUA